CCAAAAAUAUUUUAUUGACGUUAUCUUGUGUUUUUGCAUUGUAUUAUUGUAUUAUUAUUUAUUUUAAAAUCAUUCAAAUGACGAUGACAAACAAAGUUAUCAAUUUGUAUUCAGGAAACAGUAGUAGAUAAACGAUUAAAACAAACUGAUUAUUACCAGUAAUAGUAUUUGAAUAGAAAUCUUUAUUUGUAUCUGAACAAUGUCGUGGUUAACAAUUGUACAAAUAUUUUGCGUUUGUGCGAGUUUAAGCUACGGGGAUAUUGUGUGGCAACAGCCAGAACAAGUGCAUAUUGCUUAUGGAAAUAAUAUUUUUGAAAUAGUUGUGACAUGGAGUACUUUCAACGAAACACCCAGUUCUAUUGUCGAGUACGGAAUUGGUGGACUGAUACUGCAAGAAGUGGGUACUUCAAAAAUUUUCACUGAUGGAGGAGAGCUGCACCGUUCACAGUAUAUUCACAAAGUUACCCUUAAAGAUCUCACCCCAGAUAGCAAAUAUGUUUACCACUGUGGGAGUGAGAUGGGCUGGUCCAAUUUAUUUUUCUUUAAAACCGCUCCUAAUACUACAGAUUGGCAGCCACAUUUAUUAAUUUUUGGCGACAUGGGUAAUGAAAAUGCUCAGUCUUUGGUCCGCUUACAAGAAGAAACACAAAGAGGGUUGUAUGAUGCUGCCUUGCAUGUAGGCGAUUUUGCUUAUGAUAUGGAUUCGGAAAAUGCAGAAGUUGGUGAUGCUUUUAUGAGGCAAAUUGAAAGCAUUUCUGCGUACUUGCCUUAUAUGACUUGCCCCGGAAAUCACGAGGAAAAUUACAAUUUCAGUAACUACCGUGAACGGUUCAGCAUGCCAGGUGGUUCGGAAUCCUACAUGUUCAGCAUCAACGUAGGGCCUUUACACAUCAUAUCCAUAUCGACGGAAGUUUAUUACUUCAUGAACUACGGCAUAAAGCCUCUGGUAUUCCAGUACCAGUGGCUGGAAAACGAUCUGGCUCAAGCCAACUUACCAGAGAACAGGGAGAAGCAACCCUGGAUCGUCGUUAUGGGUCACAGACCCAUGUACUGUUCGAAUCUGAACCACGACGACUGCACUCACUACGAGACACUAACCAGAGUAGGUCUACCGUUUUUACACUUUUUCGGUUUGGAGCAGUUGUUCUAUAACUACGGCGUAGAUUUAGAAAUAUGGGCACACGAACAUUCCUAUGAAAGACUAUGGCCUAUUUAUAACUAUACGGUGUACAACGGUAGCUAUGAACAACCAUACGUGAAUCCUUCGGCUCCCGUCCAUAUCGUGACUGGUUCGGCGGGUUGUAAGGAAGGCAGGGAAAAUUUCACUAUAACCAGACCGCCUUGGUCGGCUUACAUCAGCCGUGAUUAUGGCUACACUCGACUAAAAGCAUAUAACGGGUCACAUUUGUAUAUCGAGCAAGUGUCCGACGAUAAAGACGGAGCCGUAAUAGAUUCGAUUUGGCUCAUUAAAGAAAAGCACGGAUCUUAUCCACUUUCCAAAAUGGACUGGGCGAAACUGGACGAGAUGAGAUUGAAAAAUUUAAAUUCAAUGACGUAGAACCGUAAUAAAUAUUUCUCAUUACAUUUGUUGAUAUUAAUCUAAUUGUAGAUGUACUCUACUUAUUCGAAUCUUUCGAAAUUUUUGUAAUGCACCUACAUUAUGUUUAAUGUAAAUAACAAAUAUUUAGUUGAAAAAUAUGACUGUAAAUGUGAUAUUGCCAUGCCAAAAAUAAAC